UGCUCGCUAAUCCCUCGGUAAACAUAUAAACACUGAAACUUCUACACAUUUUUUGGUUGAAAUUGAAAUCGAUCAAUGGACACUGAGCAAAAGCAAGCGGAGUACAUAGACUAUUUUGUGAUGAAGGCGUCAAAUUUCAAUGGCUCCGCCCUUGCAGACGUCGUUGCUGAGGCCACUUCUCACCCCUCACUCUUUGCUUUUUCCGAGAUUCUAUCGGUUCCCAAUGUACUUGAGCUUGAAGGAACUUCUAAUGCUAUUCUCCUGGAUUUGCUUCGUAUGUUUGCUCAUGGUACAUGGAGUGAAUAUAAGUGUAUUGCUAGCCGUCUGCCUCCAUUAGUUCCUGAUCAAAUCCUGAAGUUGAAGAAACUGACUGUGCUUACUCUGGCGGAGACGAACAAGGUAUUGCCCUAUGAUGCAUUGAUGAAGGAGUUGGAUAUUUCGAAUGUUCGUGAGUUAGAAGAUUUUCUCAUCAAUGAUUGCAUGUGUUUGGGGAUUGUCAGAGGGAAGCUGGAUCAAUUGCAGAGAUGCUUUGAGGUGCAUUUUGCUGCGGGGAGGGAUCUUAGACCAGGACAAUUGGGAAGUAUGAUACAGACACUGGCUAAUUGGCUGUCCAUAUCAGACAAUCUUCUUAUCUCAAUUCGAGAGAAGCUCAAAUGGGCAGAUACUAUGAGUGAAGUGGACAGGAAGCACCGAAAAGAUGUAGAAGAAAGGGUGGAAGAUGUGAAAAAGACACUUUCCCACAAGAAGUUACGAACUGUAAGCAGGCCGACAUGUAGCACCGAGGGCACAAAGAGAUCUUUUCUGAACACGGUGGAGUGAUGGAUUAUCAAGAAGACUGAAGCCAGCAAAAGAGGAGUCGAGAUCUCAUAGGUUGAAGAGAAGUAGAUUAAGAGAUCAAUAGAAUUGGUCAGGCAGCUUUCCAUUUAUUCUGGCCCAUGGCAUUGCAACAAAAUAUGAUUGCUUCUGAAGACAGCGGCACCCUUCUCCUUUCAACUUGGUCAUGUAAAGCCCGAAAAAUGACAGCCUUAGCUUGUACUGUACUCUACUAUCCAUACCUUUGACUUGCAGGGAAAAAUUCUAGUUUUGUGAUGUCAGUUGAAAACCCUUUACAUGAAGAACAUGAAACCACAAUUAGUAUUACAAUU